AUGAAGCUUUUGUUUGCAUUGGUUUUGGCACACUUGGUGUCAAUUAGUGCUGCUGCGCGUGGGUUCGAAUACACGGAAGUUGACUAUGUUGGAUUUUCAUGCAAGACUGCACUCGCAUCCACUGCUAAGUUCUGUAAAAGCGAUGAUGCCAGAGACUACGAAUGCUACUGUAGUAGUGACAGUGCGAUGGGCUCUUUCUUGUAUUGUGCUAACAGUCACCUAGAGUCCAAGAAACACGAGAUCUCCAAUCAUAACCAGAAGCUUCUAGAUGAGUUUUUCCAGUUUCGCUGCCCUAACACUACCGUCGAGCACAUGAGGACUGUCUACGCCAAUGCCUCCGACCAUAUGGUAAACACGUCCCUGUUAUCCAAAUUCAACAAGACUAGUCCAAUCAAUUUCCCUGUCUAUGCCAAUGCCUCACUAUUUGACUUAUCCUACCGUGGGUACGUCUCGAGAUACAGUAACUUCAAGCAAGGAUUUCACUGGGGUGCUGCCUUAGUGGGCUACUGGGGCAUCAUCAUGGCGUUUGGUAUGAUCUCUAAUUUGUCGCUCAAAUUCGCUCCUAGUUUGACAAUAUCACUUAACAAAAGAGCGUCUCAAUUGGCUAUUGUGCGCUGGUACAGAAAAAAUGUUUCGAUUCCAGCCACAUUUGGCAGCUCACACACGAAAAGGACAAUUUUUCAGGGUCUACUUCCAACUCGGUUGGAAUCCUUUAUUGUCUUUGUGUUUUGCACCUUGUGUAUUAUAUUCCAAGCCGUGGGAUACCAUCAUGUUGAAAACACCCUUCUUUUUGCAAGCAAGACACUUGAAAUGUCUCGUUUGAUUGGCGACAGAACAGCGUUAAUCUCAAAUUUUUUGAUGACUAUAACUUAUCUGUUUGCCGGACGCAAUCAACUAUUUAUUACGCUUACCGGUUGGAAGCAAUCAACUUUCGUGAUGUACCACAAAUGGGCCGGACGUAUGCUCUUUUUGAGUGUUCUCGCCCACACUAUUGCAAUGUUGAUCAGCACUUUUGCUAGAAGCGGCGUUUAUGGCCCCAGAGCCUUGACUGGGUGGUGGAGAUGGGGUUCUGUUGCUGUAGUGGCCGGAGGCAUAAUCUUUGUUCAAGCCUUCAGCUGGUUGCGUGAGAAAAAUUACGAAGUUUUCUUGUACGUCCACAUCUUCAUGGCAAUUGCCUUCCUAAUAGGAGCCUGGAAACAUCUCGACUAUUUCAACUACGGAGAAUGGGCUUACGCUACGGCUGCCGUCUGGGUCUUCGACAGGUUUAUCAGGUUGGUACGCAUAUUCUCGUUCGGUAUUAAGACGGCUAAGGUUUGUAUCGUCUCCAAUGAAACGCUACAGAUUACUGUCGACAGAGGCUCUUGGUGGCCAUUUUUCCCAGGUGCUUUCGGUUAUUUGCACAUUUUGAAGGGCUCUGUUUUCUGGCAAUCACAUCCAUUUACAGUUGUCAAGACCGAUAACAAUGAGCUUCGUUUUUACAUUAAAAUAAAGAGGGGUGUCACUGAAACCAUGUACAAGGAGCUGUUGAAUAAGCCCAAUUACACUGGUGAGUGCAAGAUUGCUGUCGAAGGUCCAUACGGUGACAACAAGCCCGCUCAAUCUUAUGAUCAAGUGUUGCUGUACAGCGGCGGUAACGGUAUUCCUGGUCCAUUCGCGUAUGCGAAAGAGCUUGGAAAGACUACAAAAGAAGACAACAACAAAUUUGUUAAAUUAUACUGGGUUAUCAGACACUGGCAUUCGUUGGACUGGUUCUUAGAAGAACUGCAAGUCUUGGAAAAAUUCACCAACGUUCAAACAAUUAUUUAUGUCACAAGAGCACAUGAGGGAAAGAUUGGUGAGAAAUUGACUGCGCUCUUUGAUUCUAGCGAUUCUCAGACUUCGCAUUCCGAAAAGGGAUCGAACGAAAAGGGAUCGAACAUUAACACGGCAACCUCACCUGCCUACAUAGAUUCCAUUCAAAAGCUGUUGCCACACAUCGAAUUUAGGGAGGGAAGACCUAACAUGCAGGAGAUUGUUAACCAGGACAUUGACGAAUGUCACAACCAAAAUGCUGCCAUUAUCACAUGUGCCCAUAGCGAUAUGUGCGAUGAGAUCAGACGCACGGUUGCUGAUAAAGUUGGUGACCACAAGACCAGUAGAGUCGAUUUUUUCGAGGAACUGCAAACUUGGUAA